AUGCCACCUAUUAGAUCCCUCACAAACACAUUGCGCACACGCAUCCAACAUGCACACCUCCACACCACGCGACCAGCCUUCCACACCCCACCGCCAAAAAUCGACGUCGAAGCUCUACUAGCAACACCAACCUGGUCCCUCGAUUCCCUCCUCCCACCAUCAACUCCUUCAACCUCCACCCCCACAAUCUCCUCCAAACAGCUUCACCACCUCCUCCGCCUCUCCGCCCUCCCACCUCCAAAAGAUGCAGCAGAAGAAGCCAAAAUGCUAUCUUCACUAUCCUCACAUCUCCACUUUGUAAACGAGAUUCGCAAAGUCCAUGUUUCUGGCCUCACGCCAUUGCAAAGUUUACGGGAUGAGACUGCUGCUGGGGUUGAAAUGCAAGAGAUUGGGAUGAAGGAUUUGAAAGACGCGUUUGAGAAGGAAGAGGUCAAGGGGACAUAUUACAGGAGAAUCAGGAGGGAUCAGGACAGGAUCGAGGAGGGGGAGAGUGCGAAGACCUGGGAUGUGCUUGGUGCUGCGAGGAAGAAGGUGGGGAGGUACUUUGUUGUUGACGGUGGGAAGGAGUGA